AUGACCUAUCUAACAUUUACCAACACCCAACAUCAAAAAGCCAUCUUGCUGCAGUGUAAUCUCAAAACCAUGGAGCUGGUACCUUUAGUGAAAAAUAAUCUAGUUCACUACCAAAUGUGGAAAGAUGUACAUGCGCUUACUUUAAGUUUAGGACAAAUUAUAUGUGGCCAACCACCUCAAAAGUUGAGCAAUGACGAUAGUGAGAUUACAACAGAAUAUGUGUUUCCAGUACCCCUAAAACAGUACGAUUCCGGAUCUCUAACACUAGAAAAUCUUGAUCAUCUUUUCGACGAGCUGCAGGAUAAAGGAUGCUCAAGAAUUGUUUUGGCAAUAGUUAGUGAUGAUGGCGCCGUUGUGUAUUAUACCAUCUAUCGCGGUUUACAUAAGCCGAAGAAGAAUUAA